AUGAUCCACACUGGGGAACAGCCCUAUUUAUGUGGGGAAUGUGGGAAGAGCUUCAGGGACAGCUCUGACCUGAUCCAACACCAGCGCAUCCACACCAGGGAACGGCCCUACACAUGUAGGAAAUGUGGGAAGAGCUUCAGGCACAGCUCCACCCUCCGCACCCACACUGGGGAACGGCCCUACACGUGUGGGGAUUGUGGGAAGAGCUUCAUUGACAGCUCCACUCUCUGCACCCACCAGCGCAUCCACACUGGGGAAUGGCUCUACACAUGUAGGGAAUGCAGGAAGAGCUUCAGUGACAGGUCCACCCUCCGCACCCACCAGCGCAUCCACACUGGUGAACGACCCUACACGUGUGGGGAUUGUGGGAAGAGCUUCAGCUGGAGCUCCAACCUCAUCACCCACCAGCGCAUCCACACCAGGGAACAGCCCUAUAUGUGUGGGGAAUGUGGGAAGGGCUUCAGCCAGAGCUCCAGCCUCCACAUUCACCAGCGCGUCCAUACCGGGGAACAGCCCUUCAAGUGCUUGGAAUGUGGGAAGAGGUUUCAGACCAGAUCCAAUCUCCUCCUGCACCAGCGGAUGCACACGGAUGAGAGGCCCUUCCGCUGCACUGACUGCGGGAAGGGCUUCAAGCAGAACUCCCACCUCGUCACGCACCAGCACAUCCACACGGGGGAGAGGCCCUACAAGUGUGGGGAGUGUGGGAAGAGCUUCAUCCACAGCUCUGCCUUGACCAGACACCAACAGACCCACCAGUAAGGGAAGCCCUACCAGUGCCUCAACUGGAGGAAGAGCUUCGGCUGCUCCUUGCACCCCGAAUGAACCCCCUGAUGGUGAGGCAACCCCUGGAGUCCAGUGACUGUCAGUCCAUCCCUUUCAACCAAAAAGGGCCAGUCC